GAAAGUGAGGGAGUUUUUGGUUUGCUUUUAGGGCUUUUGAAUUCGAAAUCCAUGGCAGGGUGGUCGGUGCUGGAUUGCGCGAAGAAGGAAGAGCCGGACUGCUUCUCGGAAUCCGCUACUGCUGACUCUAAACGCUGCGUUUCGGGGCUGCCGGAGAAGCUCCGGUGCUGGUUUGAUCGGUUUCUGGAGGUUUUCUUGAGGGAGAUAUGUACCCGGGACUCGGUCCGGCCUCUGCCGCCGAUGCUGGGAAAUGGGCAGAGGGUGGACUUGUUUAAGCUGUUUUGGGCUGUGAGGAAGACGGGAGGGUUUGAUUGUGUUUCGGAUUCCGGGGCUUGGGAUUGGGUUGCUAGGGAAUGUGGGUUGGGUUUGAGCUCAGGCGGCGCGGUGAAGUUGGUUUAUGGGAAGUAUUUGUACUUGCUGGAGAGGUUGUUGGAGAAUAGGGAGCUGGAGUGGAGUUUGGGGAGUAGUGGGAUUGAUUUGGGGAAGCAGUUGAUGGAGUUGCAGGAGGAGUUUACGGGGCUGUUUCCGGAUGUUGGGGAUAGGAAGGUGAGUAAGGAGGAGUGUUUUGAUGAAAUGUCGCCGGAGAGUUUGGGGGGUAGUGAUGAGGAGGGUGGGAGGGGGAGGAGAGGGGUUGGUGGUGGUAAUGUGGGGAGGAUGGAGUGGGAUUCGGGGACGGUGGAGAUGGUUUGGGGUGAUGUGGAUGGGGUGAACGGCGGGGAGGAUGGUGAGAGGUUGAGUAAUAAUGAGGAGGUGAAGAGUGAGGUGGAGUCUGGAGGAGGGAAGAAAGUUGAUGAUGGGGAUUAUAUAGAUGUGAUGAUUGUGAAUCCGGAGACAAUGGAAGUGAGUUCUUGUCGUAAAAGGAAGAGAGAGUCGUUUGGUGGAAUGCUGAAUUGGAUUAGAAUGGUUGCAGCUGAUCCUUGUGAUCCUUCGGUUGGUUCCUUGCCGGAAAGGUCCAAGUGGAAGUCCUAUGGGAAUGAGGAGAUCUGGAAGCGGGUUUUGGGCGCUCGAGAGGCCAUGUGUCUGAAGAGGAACACUGAUUCAGUUGCAGAACAGUUUAGCGGGCAGAGUAAUGUGAGGAUUAUGCAUCCAAGCAUGUACGACGAUCAUCUUGGCACCUCUUACAAUCUUCGAGAGAGGCAGAGAUUGGAGAAGCAGCAGAGGACGAUGUCUGAAUCAGGAGCCUGUUCAUUGUCACCCCCCUCCAGUGAGUCCAAAAGCAGUCCCGACAUGGAUGACCACAUUGAAGUUCGUGUUGGGUCCAAAUAUCAAGCUCAUGUACCAGAAUGGGCUGGUGAGCCUUCUGAAAGUGACUUGAAGUACUUGGGGACCAGGGAUUGGCCAAUGGAAAAACCAGAGAAUCUAUAUCUAAUCGAAAGGGAUCCUGUUGGAAAGGGAAGGCAAGAAUCUUGUGGCUGCCAAAUGCCAGGUUCUAUAGAAUGUGUCAGAUUUCACACUGCCGAGAAAAGGUUAAGAGUUAAGCGAGAACUGGGGUCAGCUUUCUACCAUUGGAAGAUCAAUGAGAUGGGUGAGGAAAUUGGGCUCCCUUGGACAGCUGAAGAAGAAAAUAAGUUCAAGGCUGUUAUAAAAGCAAAUCCUCCAUCUCUUGGGAAGACCUUCUGGGAUGAUAUAACCGAGUCAUUCCCCAAGAAGAGCUGGAAAGAAUUGGUAAGCUUCUACUUCAAUGUCUAUAUCUUGCAGCGUAGAGGAUAUCAGAACAGGUUCACUCCAAAUAACAUUGAUAGUGAUGAUGAAGAUUUAGAAUCAGGAACAGCUAUUAAUGGUUUUGGAUAUGAAGAACCUAAUUCUUCAAAGUCAAUUUUGAAAUCCCCGCACAAGCCACAUGGGAAAUACAGAUAGUCAUAUGAAAUCUACUACAGCUGAAUCAUCUUGGUCCUUGUAAUUUUGGGCCAGAGGAAGCAGCUUUGGUUAUUCACAAAUCCUCCAUCUCUAAGUCUGGUUUCAUGAUCCGUUCUAUUUUUUGAGAUAAGUUUCUUGUUUAUUCUUCACUAUUGAUGCCAAAUACAAGUACUUUUAAGUUGGAAGUUUCUUUUAGGUUAAUUACAGCUAGAGGCGACUGAAAAAGAAGCCUUGGGAAUUAUAGGGAAAAGGUAAAUCAUCAGAUGUAGAUUAGAAGGAGUGGAUUUUGGAAGACAGAUUGUGGUCUCCAGAAUCUAGAAUUGCAAUUAUGAUGAAUUCUGAAAUUGGUAAAGUAAUGGCUUUUUACUGCAGCCACUUCUGUUUUGAUUUCUU